AGUUGACGGUAGAAUUUGUCAAAUCUAUGUCUGAAUGGGAUGUCCAGGAAGACGACGUAGUAGAAAAUGUAAUGACAGCUCUCCUAACAAGUGUCAACAUGCAUCAAGUUGAAAACAAUGCAGAUGGCAACUGUCUUUUUGAAGCAUGUUCUUUUCUUAUAUAUGGUUCAGCACGCUAUCAUUUUCAAGUCAGAGCAGAGGCUGUACGUUUCAUUCAAGAAAAUGAACGCCUUUUUAAGGACGCUGUUCUUUCUGUGCAAGACAGCACCUACAACGCUAAAAACCAAAUAGAAGAUCAAGAUGCAACAGCAAAUGACACAACUGAUUUUAUGAAAUAUGUCGAAAGAAUGUCCACAAUUGGUGAAUGGGGAGAUGCAUUAUGUAUUGAGGCACUAGCAAUGGUUCAUAAGCUACAGUUGUCUUUGUUCGUUUCGCCUGCAUGCUACAGAGUAGAGUUUAAUGCUGACGAUGCUUCGACGAAACGUCAUAUUGCAUUGGCAAACUUAAACAACAGACAUUUUCGAGCUGUUCUUCCAGACAGUGUUUGUGACAGCCACUACAAGCCGCACUUCCCGGUACCAUCUGUUGCACUGAAUUCUGUGAAUGAAGCCAGUGUUUCCAACCUAACAAUCCACGAGUACUGUUCUCUGUUGGGAAGAAAAGUGACUCCCGGAAAUGCUAACUACACGGAUGUAAACGAUAGUGCAUUGUCUCUGUUCGAACUACGGUUGUUGCACAGUGCAGAUUCUCAAGUACCUUUGUCAUUUACAGCUAUAAAAGAAAAUCCUGCUGCUGUUCGUGAAAUAGCUAACGUAUAUCGGAAGGAUACAAAAAUCGACUACAAGAGCAACACUAGUACUGGACGAGAUUGCCAUCAUCAAGCAUGGAAAUAUGAUCAUCGAUACAGAGCAUAUGACUAUCAGGACAGCAGAAGUGACCUAUUUGUUGUUUCGCCAUCAAUAGAAGCACAGGUUAGUGAGUAUCUCAAGGCAUCUAGUGGCGAUAGUCAUGAAACAAUGGCAAAGAUUGGAAAAGAGAUACUAACGAAGGGUGACUUGGAUGCCCUCAGAAAACCUGGUCCUUUGAGCGACACUAUAAUAAAUUACAUCCACAAGGAUUUUCAAGACUAUGUUAAUGACAUGAGACCAAGACGAAUCCUAAGCCUUUCUAGCUUUGUACUUCCUAUAUUUCGAAAGCGCGGAAUAGCUGCUUUCCAAUGGAUAAAAAAGCUAAAUGUUUUUCAUUAUGAGCUUCUUGCCAUUCCAGUUUACUUAACUAAUCAUUGGAUAGAAGUUAUUAUAGAUAUAUUUCAUCAAGCCUUUCUUGUAUUUGACUCUCUUGGAAAGAAGCACGAACAUGUUGUUUUCGACUUGAAAUUGUGGAUUACGGAUGUGUACCAUUUAGUCAAUGGAUCGAUUCUAGAUGUAACCGACUGGUCGUUGGUAUACCCAAUACCUCAAAAUUACCCGCAACAAACCGAUCCAUUUAAUUGUGGAAUAUGGACUUGUGUGAACAUGCUUUCAGCAGCUGUGGACAAUCCUCGUGUAGCCAACAACAUCAAUCCCAAUGACAUGAGGACGUGGCUAUUGCAUCGAAUUGUUCUGACAGGGGCCGUUGAAAGGAGAGAACAGAAAGAUGAACUACAUGAAAACGACCAUGAUGAGGAUACACAUUCUAGUGACUGCACUAUAGAGACAGAAACAACAAUUCAUCAAGUAAUUGAUUUAAUUGAGAAAUGCACGAAAUCAGAUACGAAAAGUAAACGUUAUUCACCAGGCGAACACCUUACAGAUAAUGACUCUAUAACGGUAUCGUUCAAGCCAGGAAAAGUACCUUUUUCUAUUGAAGGCACAACAGAUCCUGACAGAUCAAGCAGCUAUUCUCCGAAGAGAGUCCAAAAAAGGAAACUGAUAAAGCGUGAUUAUGAUAUUAGAUCGUCUGCAAAACGGAAAAGAGAACAGAAAAUAAACAAUUCCAGUGAUGAAUCAGAUAUUAGUGAAACAACUGAAGCUAUCGAAUGUACUGUUGAUGAAAUAGACGGGACAUUGCAAUACCUGGAACAGAACGGGUAUAUUAGAGCAUUACUGAAAGCAUGUCCUGUCCGGAGCUCCCGAAAAUCUGGAAGAUCGCUCAGUUUGCACGACAUGAGAAAAGGAAUCCAAGAAGCAGAACACUUCCUGGUAGGAGCCAAGUUCUCAAAGGCUAUUCAAAAUAAAGUCAAAAAAUUUCUGAAAACUUGGUAUUUCCAAAACGAAGUGCAGCCGUGCAAGAGCCAUGAAAUCGAUGACUUUAUGCAGUGGAUGGGAGAAACAGGGGACUGGAGAUACGAGAACAAAUCCAUGCACGCUAUUUACCACAUACUGACUUAUCAUCAUCGCCGUAGAUGGGUUACUGACGAAUUUCAUAAAAAAAUUGAAAUGAACAAAAAAUAAGUAUUUUAUGCUUAGACGGUUUUAGAUAAGUGGAACGUGCUGUUGCAAAAGUUUUAAAUUAAUUUCAGUUUUAUCUCUAGAUAAGAAAGAAUAGCAAAUAUAUUUACAUCAAUUCA